GCUCGGAGGCAGGUCCGGCUUCAGCCUCGGACUCAGUUGUGACUCCCUCUUCCCCUACAAAGCUAGUUGCCUUCAUCACCACACAACCCACUCACUACUUCCCUCUUCACUUUCACCCUGCUUGCUGCCAUGCACACACACUACACGCACUGACCCCUUUUUUUUGCUUUUUGGAACCUCUGCUUUCAAUGCCUCACGCCAAAUUCUCUCACUUGUUCCGUUUCUUCACAUGGGAUUAUCAGAUUAUGUGCUUUUCUUGAUUGGUCGCAUCUCUCUCAGUCGAAGGGCUCUGCUCAAAUUCUUGAUUCUGUAGUUUAAUCCAAAGAAAUUGUGCUUUUCAUAUUUAGGGUUUUGAGUGUGACCUUUUCAUCGGAAAGGGAAAAUCUGAAAAAUGCAGCACGCAAAAUCAGAAUCGGAUAUAACAAGCUUAGCGCCAUCGUCGCCGUCUCGAUCUCCGAAGAGGGCGGUGUACUACGUGCAGAGCCCGUCUCGGGACUCCCACGAUGGCGACAAGUCGUCGUCCAUGCAUGCAACCCCCAAUUUCAACAGCCCCAUGGAGUCCCCCUCGCACCCCUCCUUCGGCCGCCACUCCCGCAACUCCUCCGCCAGCCGAUUCUCCGGCAUCUUCCGGUCGUCGUCGGGGCGGAAGGGCGGCCGCACCAAGCGCAACGACAAGGGGUGGCCCGAGUGCAAUGUCAUCGUGGAGGAAGGGAAUUACGACGAGUUCGAUGAUGACAAGGCCUACACGCGCCGCUGCCAGCUCAUGCUCGCGCUCUUGGCCUUUGCUGUCUUGUUCACGGUUUUCUGCUUGAUCAUCUGGGGCGCUGGGAGGCCAUUCAAGGCUCAAGUUGCUAUCAAGAGCUUGACGGUCAACAACAUGUACAUGGGCUCAGGUGCAGACUUCACCGGGGUUCCAACGAAGAUGCUGAAUAUGAAUGGUUCCUUGAGGAUCAGUGUGUACAAUCCUGCUACAUUCUACGGCAUUCAUGUAACUGCAACACCGGUCAAUCUCGUCUACUUGGAUGUUGUUGUUGCAACAGGAGAGCUGGAAAAAUACUAUCAACACCGGAAAAGUCACAAGAAUGUGGUGGUGCACAUAGAGGGAACCCGUGUGCCCUUAUAUGGGGCUGCAUCGAAUCUGGAAGUUGCAGAUGGUGGUGCCGUUCAGGUCCCACUGACGUUGGAGUUUGAAGUGAGAACACGGGGCGAUGUGGUCGGGAAGUUGGUGAGGACGAAGCACCGGAGAAGAGUGUCGUGCCCGUUGAACAUCGACUCGACCAGCAACAAGCCCAUCAAGUUCAAGAAGGAUGCUUGCACUUACAGUUGAAGUUGAACAAGGACAUAUGGUGAGUUUGCUGAAAUACAUUUUGAAUACUGUCCAAAUUGUUACAGUUGAAGCAAGAUUUUUUUUUUUUUUGUGUGUUAAAAUAGGAAGUGAAAAACUUCCUAUUUCGAAAGAUGUGGUAAUAAAAUUGAGAGCUGUAAAGAAUGUGAAGAUUGUGGUAAUAGUUGUAUCCUGUAUAAUAUGCCAAGAAAUUCAGUUAAGUUGAAAGA